UUUAUGUUGUCAAUGUCAAACCGUUUGUUGUUCAAAAUUGUUUCUUUGGUUACAAUUUGAUCACAAGUUACAAAUUGAUAAAAUAUUGAUAACAAAUUCCAUUUAUCUAAGGUAGAUAGGGCUCGAUUAGUGUUCUUCGUAUUUAGUUGGCCAAAUAAUAAGUGGAACAGGCGAUUAGAUUAUCAGGCAGUGUUUACUUACGAAACAUUUUGGGUGUUCCUGUUAUCAUCAUUUGAAAUUAUUACUUUACUAAACUAAUGUUCUAAAUAUGAAUCAUAUUUGAGGCGCAAUAUUUAUUUGCACACACAUGAAGUAUAUUUUAAAUAUAUAGAAAUCUUGAAAUCCCUAAUCGGAGUAAGAAUAAUGGAAUACAAAACCAUGCUCUAUUUACAAAAAUGCUUAUAUUUUAAUUCAUAUUUGUACAUAACUUGGGUGACUGUUGUAGGUUUUUUUCUAUAUGCAAAGUUGAACAGUCUUGGACAUCUAACAAAGUACCUUUCAUUGACGGUAUACACUUUAUUGAUUGUUAUUGAGUCAGCAAGAAUAUAUUUAGGUCACUAUGGCAACCUUUCUCGGAGGGUACCAGAGCUAGCAGGGUUCCUGAUGCUGACAAUUUUGAUGCAAAUGCCUCUAGUCAGCUUCUUCCUCUUCAAUCCAUAUUUGAUGAGCACCCCCAUGGAGAUCACACUACACACCAUGUUAUGGCUGCUUACAAUCACUGAAGUAGUUUUCAGUUUUAUGGCAUUGAAACAAGCCUCUAACUUUGCCAAAAGCAUUUAUUUAUCCCAACCUAAAGACAGGUGAAUGAGAAUUCACAAAACAUUUGGAAUAUUGAUCAUCCCAACUAUUGUUAUAACUGGGAAAAUAUGUCUGUUUGGUAGUUUUGCACUCAUAUAGUUGAUAAUAUACAAAACUAUAUAUGGUGAAACG